CACGACUUCCACCUCUCAUCACUUCCACACCUACAAUCACUACACAAAUGGAAACUCCUACUUGGGUUGCCUUUUCCACUGCCUGGGUUGCCAUCCUAGCUCUACUCCUCCUCUCUCGCCGUCUCCGCCGUCGAAAACUCCACUUGCCACCAGGCCCAAAAUCCUGGCCUAUCAUCGGAAAUCUCAACCUAAUAGGCUCACUCCCCCACCGCUCCCUCCACUCCCUCUCUGAAAAAUAUGGGCCUAUUAUGCAGCUCAAGUUCGGCUCUUUCCCAGUUGUUGUCGGUUCCUCCGUCGAAAUGGCCAAAACUAUCCUUAAAACUCAUGACGUCAACUUCGCCGGCCGCCCGAAAACCGCCGCCGGGAAAUACACCACCUUUAAUUACUCAGAUAUAACAUGGUCACCUUAUGGACCUUAUUGGCGUCAAGCAAGAAAAAUGUGUGUAAUGGAGCUUUUUAGUGCAAAACGCCUGGAAUCAUAUGAAUAUAUACGCGUAGAAGAGCUUAGAUCACUACUUAAAACUCUGUUCCUCUCAAGUGGCAACGCUAUUAACGUAAAAGAUCAUCUUUCAGAUCUUAGUUUAAACGUUAUAAGCCGAAUGGUGUUAGGGAAAAAGUAUACAGUGAAAAAUGAAAACGAAAAUGAAAUUGUGACUCCAGAAGAGUUUAAAGAAAUGCUCGACGAGCUUUUCUUGCUCAAUGGGGUUUUGGAUAUCGGAGACUCCAUUCCUUGGCUUGCUUUCUUGGAUUUACAAGGGAAUAUAAAAAGAAUGAAGGUUUUGAGCAAGAAAUUUAACAGGUUUUUAGAGCAUGUUUUGGACGAACAUGAAUCAAGAAGAAAAGGGGUUGAGAAUUAUGUGGCUAAAGAUAUGGUUGAUAUUCUCCUGCAACUUGCAGAGGAUCCUAAUCUUGAAGUCAAGCUUGAAAGAAACGGAGUUAAGGGAUUUACACAGGUAUGCAUUUUUUAAAAUUAAUUAAUUCUUUAUUCAUUAAUUAAUUGGGCACUUUCUGAGCUGUUGAGAAAGCCAGAAAUUUUCAAGAAAGCAACAGAAGAACUAGACAGAGUAAUUGGAAGAGAAAGAUGGGUAGAAGAGAAAGACAUUGUUAAUCUACCAUUUAUUGAAGCAAUUGCCAAGGAAACAAUGCGUCUGCAUCCAGUGGCACCCAUGUUAGUUCCUAGACAAUGUCGUGAAGAUACCCAAAUAGCUGGUUAUGACAUUCAAAAAGGGACACGUGUCCUUGUCAAUGUAUGGACUAUUGGGAGAGACCCUACAAUUUGGGACAACCCUAAUGAGUUCUGCCCUGAAAGAUUCAUUGGUAAGGCAAUUGACGUUAAAGGGCAUGAUUUUGAGCUAUUGCCAUUUGGUGCUGGAAGAAGAAUGUGUCCUGGUUAUCCUUUAGGAAUAAAAGUGAUUCAAGCAAGUUUGGCAAAUCUUUUACAAGGGUUUAAUUGGAAAUUGCCAGGGAAUUUGAAGAAAGAGGACUUGAAUAUGGAGGAAAUUUUUGGGCUUUCUACUCCUAAGAAAUUCCCUCUUGUUGCUGUUGCUGAGCCUCGCCUUCCAUUCCAUGUUUACGGGAUGUAAUUUUUCUUUUUUGCCCUUUAGUACUUUCUGUUAAACACUAAUUACUUCCUAAUUUUCCAUCAUAAAUAAGAAAAAAAUAAGAUUUCAAUGGUGUAAUAUUGAUAUUGUAUUUUUUAUUACCUA